AUGGGCUUUUUUGGGGGGAAGGCGCUUCCGCCGCCUAGGAAUCCCACGGACACAGUACUACCGAUCCCAGCAUGGGAUGACCAACAUCGCAUGCGCGCUUGUUGCCUGCAUGUUACUUACCGAUUCGACGACGUCCUUGACACAGAGGUCCUCCGCCAGUCGUUGGAGCAUCUCUUGGAGUUGGAUGGCUGGCGGACACUAGGAGCGCGACUUCGCAAGAAGGAUGAUGGAAAACUAGAAUACCACAUACCAGCGCAGUAUGAUGCAGACCGGCCUGGCUUUAACUACACCGUCGUUAAGCACCCUAUGGGCAUCAACAAGCAUCCUUUAGCUGCUAGUUUCCCCCAAGCAACUGGCCAGCCAUCACUCCUUGGCGACCCCGCAGAUCUCGCAUCUGUAUGUCUGUCUGCGGAUUGCCCCACGAGGAUCGAGGACUGGCUAUAUUCAGAUCGACCGCAACUUGUCAUUGAUGUGGUGUCGUUCGGCGAUGCGACCUUGCUGACCGUAACAUUCAUGCACACUCUCAUGGACGCUAUGGGCCUUUCAAGUUUUCUCAAGGCGUGGACUGCUGUCAUGAAUGGACGAGAAGACCAGGUCCCAACCUUUCAGCAGGUCGGCGAAGAUCCGGCGGCGCGCUUUACCGACAGAACCCCGGCCAACACCUACGUGAACAGCUCCUUUCUGCUAACCGGGGUCCGCCUCUUAGGUUUCAUUGCCAGCUACCUCUUCGAGCUCGUCUGGCACCGUGGCCACAAUGAACGCGUAAUCUGCAUCCCAGGACGAUAUGUCAAUGAGAUGCGGGAGCAGGCAAUGCACGAGCUAGCCCAGCAAAACAAGGAAGGGCCUGCUCCCUUCCUUAGUGAAAGUGACGUACUUUUAGCAUGGUGGCUCAAGGCCUUAAUUAAGGCCCUAAAUCCCUCCCCCCACCGCUUGGUGUCCCUCUUGAACGUGUUCGACAUCCGUUCGACCGCCCUCCAGGAAUCAUCAUCCACAAACACAGCCUUUAUCACGAACGCUGCCCUUCCAGCAAUCACAUUUCUUCGCACCCAGCAGAUUCUUCGCGAACCAGUCAGCUUCACGGCCUCCCACAUCCGCCGCUCGCUCGUCCAACAACGCACUCUACCCCAGAUCGAAGCGUUCUUUGCUUUUGACAAAUCCGCAUCUGAGAAACAUCCACCGGUGUUCGGCGAACCUACCUCCCUUCUCGUCUGCUGCAGUAACUGGCACCGAGGUCGGUUCUUUGAAGUGGACUUCUCGUCUGCGGUUCUUGCACCGGGCAUUCCGCUCCAUGACCGUGUGCAUCCGCUGGGCAGGCCAUCAUGCGUGAUCCCUACCCAUCAUUCGGGUGGCCUUUCUUUGCGAAACGUGGGGCCCAUCAUUGGCAAGGAUGCAAGUGGGAACUGGUGGCUAUCGUGCACCGUGAGGACGAGUGCCUGGACUGGCAUCGAACAGGAACUGAAUGCCCUGGGCGCAAGAAAGACCCAGUGA